AUGUGGCCGGUAUUCAUGCUCUUUAUUUUCUUAGUUGUACUUAUGAUAUCACUAGCACUGUACUUUUGGUUGUCUGAUUAUUUUACUCUACGAGAUGUUCUGGGGUUUAUACCAGGCCCGAAAACCUGGCCAUUUAUCGGACACUCUUGGCAAAUAGCUGUAAUCCCUCCAGAAGAUCGGUUCGAGUGGCUGAACGAUCUUUGUUUGGAGUAUCCUUCGGGUAUGGUUGUGAUUUGGCUUGGAAUGCAGCCUUUCGUAAAUAUUCGUAAGCCUCAGCAAAUAGAAAUUAUUCUGAGAAGCGGCACGUUUAUCGUCAAAUCAAAAACUUACGGAAUUCUGAAACCUUGGGUGGGAAAAGGACUUCUCACGGCCAAAGGCAACAAGUGGCACAUUCAUAGACACGUCGUAAGAUCCGGAUUUGAAGAAGAUGUAUUGAAACAUUACCUAACAGCAAUAAAUAAGAAAGCAGAUGUACUAAUGAAGCAAAUAAGUGCAAAAGUACGACCAAAGUCUUCUAUCAAUAUAUUUUCCUUGGCUAUGAAAUACGCCUUCGACAUGACCUGUGAAACAGUGUUAGGAAUCGACGUAGAUACGUUGCAAAAAUCAGACAAUGCAUGCAGUAGGGCAGUUAAAGAUUUUUGUGAAGCAGCCACAGAAAGAUAUUGGAGAGCAUGGGUGACAUCCGACUUCAUUUUUUAUCGAAAAAAACUUGGAAAAAAAAUGUUAAGAACUGUGAAGAUUUUGCGUGAUCUUACUAAAAAUGUAUUAAAACAAAAGCAAACAGAGCGACAAAGUGAAAAACAAAGUGUUGAAGAAAAUCGUGGUGAAAGAAAUACAGAAACAAAGGAAAGUAGUACAUUGUUAGAUCAUAUUUUGGAUAAAAACGAAACCUUUCAACAGCCACUGACGUUUGAAGAAAUAAGGCAGGAACUGGAUACAUUUUUAUUUCUAGGAUACAAUACCAUAUCAUCAGCGAUUUCUUGGGCAUUAUUUUCUCUUGGCAAUGCUCCAAAAGUCCAAGCAAAAUUGUUGAAAGAAUUAAACAAUGUUUUGGGUGAAAAUGGAAUGCCAGCGACAAUUGAACAAUUAACAGAAUUACACUAUUUAGAUAGAGUUAUACAAGAAGUCCUAAGGCUUUAUCCAAGCAUACCAAUAAUUGGCCGUUCACUGAAUAAUCAUGCAGUUAUUGACAAUUUCUUUAUUCCAAAAGGGACCACCGUAAACAUUCAAAUUUAUCAACUACACCGAGACCCUGAAAUUUGGGAAAAUGCCGAAACAUUCGAUCCCGAUAGAUUUUUGCCAGAAAACAGCCAGGGAAGACAUCCUUAUGCAUAUGUUCCAUUUAGCCUCGGACCAAGACGGUGUAUUGGGGAUACAUUAGCAAUGUUGGAAGUGAAAAUUGUACUGUCAACUAUUUUGCGAAAGUGGCGCGUUUCUAGUCUUCUGAAUCCUAGUGACAUUAAAAUGACUUCUAGUUUCUCUUUGAAACCAGGUGAUAAUAGAUUAGAACUUUUUUUUACACCAAUAAACAAGAAAUAA